AUCAAUACUCUUCUAUGAUGUGUUGAAUGAUGAUGGUGAUGAGUCUUUUGACCAUGAAAAGAGAAAAUCGGAUAAAGUGAAAAAGAGAGAGAGAGAGAGAGAGCGAGAGGGAGAGAGAGAAAUAAAAGAUGUGGCCUCUGAAAGUUUGUAGAUGUAAUGUGCUUUGUUGAAAGGCUGUGGCUGUGAGCUCGGAGAUUCUGGAGACUCCUUUCUACAAGGAGAUUGUGUCAUUUAGUAAUUGGGCGGUUUCCUUUUUCUUUGCUAGAAUUGGGUUUCAAGAUGCCUAUAUUUCAGCCCUCAAGAAAAGAUGGGAUUGUUGGGUUUGAGGGUGGUGGAGAUGGGCGUAUAUUGGAUCUAGAUACUGCAGUUAAAGAUGGAAUAUUGGGUGGAGUUCCGGUUGGGAGUUACGCCGGUGGGUUUGGGGAAAAGUUGGAUCUGAAGAAGAUGAUUGAAGAGCUAAAUUUGCCUCAAGUUCCAUCCGUGUUUAUAUGCCCCAUUUCACUUGAACCCAUGCAAGACCCUGUUACCCUUUGCACUGGCCAAACCUAUGAGAGGUCCAACAUUCUCAAAUGGUUUAGUCUGGGCCACUACACUUGUCCCACUACUAUGCAAGAGCUUUGGGAUGAUACUGUUACUCCCAACAAUACUCUCUAUCAUUUAACUUACACUUGGUUUUCUCAAAAGUAUGUGCAAAUGAAGAAGAGAUCCGAAGAUGCACAGGGAAGGGCAUCAGAGCUUCUCACCACCCUUAAGAAGGUUAAGGGCCAAUCAAGAAUCCAAACCCUCAAGGAGCUCCGCCAACUCGUGGCGACUCAUUCGACUGCUAGGAAGACAGUUGUUGAUGAAGGUGGCUUAUCUCUUCUUUCAUCAUUACUCGGUCCAUUUACUUCUUAUGCUGUAGGCUCUGAAGUUAUAGCGGUUCUUGUGAAUUUGUCUCUAAGUUCUGAAUCAAAGACAAAUUUGAUGCAACCCGCAAAGGUAUCAUCCAUUGUAGAUGUUUUGAAUGAAGGGUCUGUUGAAACAAAAGUCAAUUGUGUUCGGUUGAUUGAAACAUUGAUGGAGGAAAAGGAUUUCCGAACGGAGAUUGUCUCAAGCCAUUGCUUAUUAGUUGCUUUGAUGAGGCUGGUGAGGGAUAAGAGACACCCCAUUGGACAUUUGCCUGGGCUUGGUCUUCUCAAGUUAAUUUGCUCACAUAAGCAAGUCCGGAGUUUGAUAGUGAGCAUUGGAGCAAUACCACAAUUGUUAGAACUGAUACCUAUUUCGGGUCCAGAUUGUGUGGAGCUAGCCCUGUUCAUAUUAGAUGUCCUAUCCUCUGUGCCAGAAGGGAGACAAGCUUUGAAAGAUUGCUCAAACACAAUACCCACUUUGGUCAAAUUACUAAUGAGAAUUUCAGAAAGCUGUACCGAUUAUGCACUUUCGAUCUUGUGUUCUGUAUGCAAACUCUCCCCUGAGGAGUGCUCCUUGAUAGCUGUGGAUGCAGGUCUAGCAGCGAAGCUCCUUCUUGUCAUCCAAAGUGGCUGCAGUCCUGUUCUUAAGCAGCGGGCAGCUGAGCUUUUGAAGCUUUGCAGUCUAAAUUAUUCGGAUACCAUCUUCAUUUCCAAAUGCAAGUUGACCAGAACGAUCCAAUGAAUGCAGAAAAUUAAUCAUCUCAUGCACAUUGCUGCCUGUAGUAGCUGAAGGUGAAAGUUUAAAGACUUGAAAGCCACAAUCGCAGACUAAAUUGAUCAGGAUUUUGCAGAAUGCAUUGGUGAGUUGAAAAACCUAGAUUGUGCAUGUAUUCGGUCGCCUAAUGUGGGAACCCAUAUAUUGCACUUAAACCGCCUCGCACAGCCAAAUUACUUGCUCAACCAAAGUUUUUUUAAUAAGCACCAGAAAGAGGAGGGGGUUGCAAAUGCAAGACCACACUCCUGAAAUGAUUUUAAUUUUUAAAGAUAUAAAGAUAGGGGUGCAAAUAGCUUGUAGCGAGUCUUGUCUACUGUGGUAUGGUAGUGGAGUUUUGGGACUGCAAUUGUAAUUGUCCAGCAGUUGCGUUGCUCCAUGAAUCUGUGAAGCUCUCUGAUUCGUAGGGAUUAAAGAUCAUUCAAUUUUCGGUUUCACAUGUAUAAGUUUUGUUUUGGGCUUACAGAGUGUAGAAUGUAGUUGAAACAGGGCUUGUUGGCCUUAUUAUACAUUCAAUGUGUAAAAUUAGUAGUAGCAAUGAGAGCACAUCUCCAUUUUCUUACAUGCUGGUUGUGUUUCUCUCUCUAAUCUAAUCUUUGAGAUGGUACAAUAAAAAAUGGUUCACGAUUUGAUGC